AUGUUUGAACAUAUACUGCGGUUCCACGCCGGCAAGUUGUUGGCGCAGGGAUCACUUGCGUGUCGUUGCGCGAAGCUGCUGCAGAACGGCCGGUUAAAGGCAGCCUGUGAACGACGAGGCUUCUCAGCACUUAGUACCACGCCACACCCUGAGAUUGACCGCCUGAAGGCGCUUCUAUCGCACACAUCUCACGAGCCUUCCUAUGUCUACUCGGAGACUGUAAGAGAGCACAUCGCCAACAUACGGAAAAACCUGGAGCCGUCUGAGGACACACAAGCGUCAGAUAUCGUCCAAAGGCUGGCAGAGGAUGCCGAUAGGUACCACGAUGUGCUCGUGAAAUACAUGCAAAACCGUGACCGUUACAACCAGGUGAGCUUAGACAAGCCUGCCGGUGGGACUCCGGCGGUAGUGACUCCCGCUGCCAGAUGUGGAAAGCAUUCAAACGCCACGCAGGCAGUGCAGACGAAAAUCACCAACGACGCGAAUAUCAAAUACGGAGUGGUCGGGGUGGCAUUCAUGUGCGUGUUUGGGUCGCUAGGCUUCUCGCUGCACCCGGGAUGCGCCCUAGGUGGCUACAUCUACAGGCCGGUUUUCAGGCAGAGCCGCUUGAAGGAAGAGACCAUGAAAACGGCGGAACAGCUAAUACGAAGCAACAGAGAAUGCAAACAGCAAAUGCGGCAGCUGCAUCACGAGAUCGGUGAGCUGGUUGGUCAGCUCGAGGCGCAUCUCGCCAAAACACUUGAAAAGUAG